GAUGGAUGGCCUGCGUGCGGUUAUAUAAGUGAAGUUCUUUGCCAAGCUUGUAGCAACUAGGCCAACUGCAAAGUCAACAUGCUGUCUCUAGCUGUACUUUACCUCCUCGCUGCAAGAUGGACACACACACUACCUCUCUAUCCUGACUCCAACUUGGAGACGCAGUCAGAUUUCCUUCAGAAGCUGGUGUCAGAAGAUGCCUCUUACACUACAGAAGGGGAACAGAGCGAGGUGAAUAAUCUGUAUCCUCUACUGAUGCAGCACAAUGGGCAAAGUCAAUCCUGGAACAAAGGACCUGGCGUUUCAGCACAGCAGGAUAACUAUGCAACCAUGAUUGAGGGUCUUAAGGCAGUGGUUCUUAAGCUUGCUGCAGCUGACAAGCUUCGCUCUCAAGCUUUUGUCAGGUCAGAGCAAGGCGUGCCCAAAACCAAUAAGAGAGCGUGUUUCUGGAAAUACUGCGUGACCAAUUAGACAUCAUCGGUGACACCACCACAAGACUCCUUUCAACACUGAAUGAAGAAAAUCUAUUUUUUAAAAUUGUACAAAUGUUUGGGUUUUUUUUUGUGACUGAAUAAAUUAUUAGACAAGU